AGCCAACAGCAGCAAGCUGCAGGUGAUCCAGAUGCAGCCACAGGAGACGCUGUGGCAGGCUCCAGCAACUGCCGCCCAACCAACGACAGGCGCCCAGCUGCAGUGGUCAACGGUGGGCGGCUUGGAGGCCAUCAAGACAGCGCCCGUGGCCGGCGUGAACGCUCUGGAUAGCAGUGGCACAACCACAUACUAUAUCAGUGCCGGUGAUCUCUACCAGACGCAGCUGCAGUCGCAAACGGCGCAGCUAACGGGCAAUGGAUAUGCGCUGCUGGAUAGCAAUGAGAACUAUCUGCUGGAGCAACAGGAGCCACAACAGCAGACGCAACCGCAGCAGCAGCAGCAGCAGCUGCAGCACCAGCAGCAACCCAUUAUGAUACUCAUACAGCAGCCGGAGCUGCAGCAGCCGGUGGCAUCCGCCAGCAAUCCGCAGCAGCCGCCGCUGCAUAUAACAUAUGGCGCCAGCCUGGGUAAUGAGCUGCACGCCGCCUAUCCGCAACAACAAUUGCAACCGCAUCUACAGCAGCAGCAGCAGCAACAGCAGCAUCAAGAGAUGCAGUCACAGCCCCAACGCCUACAACAACAAGUACAAAAUACAGUAUUAAGCACACCUCCUGCUGCCGUGCCGCCGCCCACACGAGGCCGUCCGCCCGUAUUGAAGUGCCGUUUCUGUCAGAAUGGACCACGCUUCUCCAGCAGCCUGGAGUACAGUCGCCACAUCAUUGAGCUGCAUCCGCCCGUGGCGCCAUUCAACUGUCCCCAUUGCCCGAUGGCUUUUGCCGGGCGCAACAAACGCAACCAGCACAUCCUUAGCAAUCACAUGGUGCAGCAGUUCCAGUGUGGGCAAUGCUCGCAGCUGUUGCCCUCGCAGCGUGCUCUGGAUCUACACUUGCAGCGCUUCCAUAUGCCACUGCCCACCGAGCCACCAGCUGAUGCUGCUCCUGCUGGUGCUGGCGUGCGCCUCGAGGAGGUUCAAUUGCAAAUAGCCAACAACAACAACCACAGCGAGCAGCCCAAGCAACUCCAGCAACAGCAGCAACAGCAGCAGCACCACCAGCAUAUGCCUUGUAAGUACUAAAAUGAACUAAGUUCA